GUUCCAGUGACUGUCAAUAAAGCUUUGGCAUUUUGAAUCAUCAUGGCGGCUUACACGAUACCUGCCGCUGUCAGAUCCUCAGUGAAUGUUUUAUUGAAAGGCACCGCUCUCUAUUCUAAUCAAAUCUGUUGUGUUCCAUCGAGUAAUACUCUAAAAGGUUACAUCAGCUGGAGGGCAGAGAGCUUAUCUGCUUCUCCCGGAUCCUCCGAUUCACCAUCAGCAUCAUGGGUUUGUGAGUCCAGUGAAACCAUUAAACACUAUGACCGUCUCGUUCAGUGCGGCUCCCUGCAGAGAGACGCUCAGCAGAGGCAUGUUCUCCAACAUCUGGCCCUGUUGCAGCACAAUCUGAAGAACUACAGUAACAGCAUUUACCUCAAGUCACCUCCAGCACCUUUACACUCACAUGAGAGUAAAAAACAGCCUCAAAGAGAAAAAGUUACCAGAGCUGCUGAACCCAAUGACAAUGAUGCUCUUGACAAGGAUGAACCUGCUUCUCCUCCACCACCGCCACCACCACCCAAAGGCUUCUACAUAUAUGGAGAUGUUGGUACAGGAAAAACUAUGCUCAUGGAUUUGUUUUUCUCCCAUGUGCAAAAUACAAAUAAAAAGAGAGUGCACUUCAAUGGGUUUAUGUUGGACAUCCACAAAAGGAUCCAUCGGCGAAAACAAAGCCUGCCAAAACGGGGGCUAGGGAAAAUGUUCACCUAUGACCCCAUAUCACCGGUUGCCAUGGAGAUCAGCAAUGAAACCUGCCUCUUAUGUUUUGACGAGUUUCAGGUGACCGACAUCGCUGAUGCCAUGAUUCUGAAACAGCUGUUUGAGACAUUGUUCAAGACUGGAGUGGUGGUGGUGGCUACCUCAAACAGACCCCCUGACGAUCUGUACAAAAACGGACUUCAGAGGGACACCUUCCUACCUUUCAUCGACAUGCUGAAGGAAUACUGCCACACCAUCUGCUUCGACUCUGGGAUUGACUACAGGACGUUGGACAAGGCUGCAGCGGGGAAACUCUACUACCUCACAGGGGAACUUGGUGCAGAGGCCGCCUUAGAUGCACUGUUUGACGAACUGGCCUCACAACAAAGAAGUGUGACAGGUCCUCGGGUGCUCACAGUGCUGGGCAGAGAUGUGACUCUGGAAAAGACCUGUGGCUCCAUCGCUGACUGUACAUUUGAUGAGCUGUGUAGCAGACCAAUGGGUGCCGUGGACUACCUGGAGAUGGCACAGGUAUUUGACACUGUCUUCAUCCGCCAUGUUCCCAUGCUGACACUGGCCCUGAAGAACGAGGCCAGGCGCUUCAUAACCCUCAUAGACAACUUCUACGACAACAAGGUGAGAGUGGUCCUGUCAGCCGCUGCCCCUUUACACCGGCUAUUUGUCCACUCUGGGGGUGAAGAUGAGAGGGACCGACAGCUGCUGGACGAUCUGGGCCUCAGAGGGGAGGCAGCGGAGCGUCUGACUCUGUUCACAGCAGAAGAGGAGAUCUUUGCCUUCCAGAGGACCGUCUCCAGGCUGAUGGAGAUGCAAACUGAGGAGUACUGGACUGAGGGAAACCGCAAUCGUAGCAGGGAAGACAUGAACACUUAAUAAACAUCUGCAAUUAAGCAGAUGAACAUUUACCUCCACUCCACACGACUAAGUACCUCAACAGCUGCUAAUAUGAGAGGAAUCUCUUACUUUGUACACAUGGGAACAAUACUUGUAAUGUAAAAGUUGAAGAAAAAGCAAAAGUUUAGCCCAGAUCAUAUGAUAAACGGAACAAUUAGAAACUUCUGAUGGCUGAUACUUUCCUUUGGAUCUGGCAUUUGUUCAUAUAAUGUGUGUGUUUUAUACCUUCCUCCUCUUUCAGCCUGUUUUGUCUUCUCCUGUGAGGUCCACUCUCUCCCCCUUGUGGUCUUAAUGAUUUAAAAGUAUAUGCAAAGCUUUUCACAGUAUGAAGCACAGACCCAGCAGGUGCUCCCUUUAAAGACAGACAGGAGUGUGUCUUCCACAGCAGUUAUUUAUCGCCCUCUAGUGGGUGAAUGUAAAAAGGGUAAAAUAAUCUGAAGGCGUUUAUGUUUAAUAGACUGUACGAAGUUUCGAAUUAAACCUCAAGUCUACAAACGCUGGUGUGAAUAUGAAAUACUGACUGAUAUUAUACUGUUGUUUUUUUUUAAUGAGGUUAGAGUUAAGUUUUCAGGGUUAUUAUGGGUAUCUUUAGAUUAAAUUAAAUUCAUUUCAAUCUCAUUUUUCAUUUGGACAAAAGCCAGUGGCUUUUGAACAUUGAAACACCUGUUAUUAGCCUUCUGGUACUCACAUAAAAAGGACAAAAAAGCUGUAGAGUUUGUCUGAGGCUUUCACCAGUGCAACCAUCCUGCAAUGCACAUGUGAUUUAUGCACAGUAUUUACUUAAUAUCAUUAUAUUUGUGGUGUGGAUUCUACACCACAAAUACUAAUUCUUCCUACAAUGAAUGCUAUGGUUUCACUUCAAAUGCUACUUAGUUUUGGAAGUUUAGGAAUUUGGUUUAUUUUAGUGAAAGCAGUGGGAAAUGUAACAAUGUAGGUCAGCACUGGAGCCAUGCAAGAAAUGUUGUGCAUUAUACAAUUAUUUGAGAUGCUGUUACUGUUAAAAGAUUUUUUUUUACAAUAGUGUGGUUCUUGAAACUCUCCUUAUUGGCCUGUGGGGGGCAGCAGAAGGCAAUUUAUUGGUGCGUGGUUUGUUAUUACAUCCAUCUAAGGAUGAGGUCAUCCUAGUGCACCGCAGAAACCUGGACUUACCCAGCAUGGCCCAACCCACACCGACUGUUGGAACAGCAAGCAGCACCUACUGCAUCUAAACCAAGAGCUUUAUGUAAGAUGCUGCUUAUGUAACAAGUGUCCAAGCAGCCAGAACCAUGAAACGAGAGUAAAUGGAUAAUCUAAUUAGACUCAACAGACAGAAAAUGUCUGAGUGACCAGUCUCUAUGUGCAGGUGUGUGGGUGUGUGCAUGCAUGUGAUGUGUAUCAUUAAAAAGUGCAUGAGUAGGCCGCAAGUCUAUCCCACAGUAUCUGUCAAUUAAAUAAAAAUCCAUCAGGGCCUUUUCUGAGGCCUUUAAUCCAAUCAGAGCAUUACGUUGUUUGGGGGAAACAUCAGACACAAACAGAGAUGGCUGCCAUGCUUUGUGAUUGUCUUAAUUGGAUGAUUCACGCUGCCUUAGAGGGGUGGUCUUGGUCUCGAUCCUCUCUGGACUGCAGGCUCGAUGCCCCCUGCGAACUGGUAGAGGAGGAAAGACUGUUCACUUUUCAUUCUCUCGUUUUCCUAUCGGAUCUGGUAAACAUGACAGAAACCAUGCAUUGUACUCAGACAAUACCAGGCAGAUGAGGUAUGCUUAAAUUGUACCAUUGUGUAAUCAAGGCCUCUUUUCAGGAGGCUCCAUCUGAAGAGAGAUAAUGAAGUGUUUACUUGUGGCUGUUUGAAAUAAAAGAU